UUGCAUCCGCUUAUUCCGGCAGCAUUCAGUUCGGUUCAUUGUGGUCUACUAAGCUGACGGUGUUUUGCUAUCGAUAGCACAGUUGGUAUAUGUGCCGUUGACGCUCCUGAGUGUUCUCUGACGCACGCCGAUCCACUUCAAAAACCCCAGAGAGAAUACUAACAAGGAGUUCCCAGAUUCGUUCACUUAGAUUCAUAUCGCUUUUCUUUUUCCCUCCCGCAAGUUCUCCACCAUAGCAGCCUACUUGUGGUGAUGGCAAUGCUGGAAUUCGCCCUCUCCCACCACCCUUUUGCGGGGUGGACCAUUCUGUUGGUGAUCUUCGUCUCUAUAACAGGACCAGCCGUUUAUCGCCAAUGGACGCAUCCCUUGAGGAAGUAUCCAGGGCCGUGGCUGAAUAGCAUAUCGAAUAUCCCCAGCGCAAUUGCAGUUUUCCGUGGUGUUCAACACUUGUACAAUUACAAGUUGCAUGAGAAAUACGGACCAAUCGUUCGCACCUCCCCCAAUGAGUUGAGCUUUGCGGAGCCAUAUGGAGCCGAGCAGAUCUACGGUUUUCGCCAUGGCAAAGCGUUGGAGAAGUCACCCAUUUUCAUUGGCAUUGCAACACCCGUCGAUGGCUGUAUCGGGAUCGGUCUCUCAAAGGGGGCCGAGCACCAGAGGCACCGACGCGGAAUGGCAGUUGGCUUUACGAAGCCUGCACUUGUAUCACAGCAGGAGAUACUCGAGACUCAGAUCUCCAAAUUGGUGCACGUAAUCAAGACACGAGGAAAGAACGGUAACGCCUUGAAUAUGGCCGAUUGGUUAUCCUUUACGACAUUCGAUAUCAUCGGCGAUAUAUGCUUCGGCGAGUCUUUCCACUGCUUGGAUAGUGGUGUUGCAACUGAAUGGGCAGAAGCAACGACGAAGGUUCUCGUUACCUCGAAUUUGGACAUGGCCGUCCGGAGAGUGGCGGGAGUGGGUACACUGCUCAACCGUAUCGCGCUCAAACUUAUGCCAAAGGAAGCAAUGAAGUGGAGGAUGAUUUCUUUCGUGAACGCGAAAAAAAGGACUCUCGAGCGUCUUGCCGACGAAACGUCUGAUCAUAAAGACAUAGUUUACCACUAUCAACGCAACAAGGACGCCCGAAAGGCCCUGUCGUCAACCGAGCUUUACCUCGAUAUGAUGGCCCUCAUCGUUGCCGGCUCCGAAACCACUUCCUCGCUUCUCGUCAGUUUCGUGUGGGUUCUAAGCACUCAUCGCGAUAUUCAUCAGCGACUCGCUACCCUGAUCCGCACCACCUUCGCCGACCCGGAUGACAUCACACUACAAAAGUUGGAAGACUUGGUGUAUUUCGACGCGUGCAUCAAAGAAGCGUUGCGUGUCUUCCCACCGGUUAGCUCAAGUCUUCCACGCGAAACCCCGGCGCAGGGCGCGCAGAUCGGUCCAUUUGUAGUGCCUGGAGGUACGGCAGUCUCCACGUCGCCAUGGGCGUCAGUACGCUCAGAGCGUAACUUCCAUCUGCCCAAUGAGUUUCACCCCGAGCGAUGGCUGCGCAAUAACCCCGAUGAGGGCUGGGACCCAGCUUUUGAGGACGACAAGCUGUCUGCGUCAGCGCCGUUUGGGGCUGGGCCAAGGCUUUGCAUAGGCCAGAAUUUGGCCUACUUCGAAAUCCGAUUGACCAUCGCGCAUCUACUUUGGUCUUUCGACUUUGAAUUGGAGACCGAGGGAGUGGAGGGUGAGAAGAAUCGCCUGUGGAGCCUGGAUCCUCAUUUCGGGCUUCUGAGAUCGUUCCAGACUUUGAAUCGACCCGAUUUGUACAUUCGGUUUCAGGAACGAGCGGGCAUCUAGAGAAACUCUAGACUGAUGAGGGAGCCAGAAGUUGUAUAUCAAAAAGUCUAACCAAUGUGUUGUAAUAUAUUCAUCGCGAUAAAUCUUGAC